GUGAACAGAGAAGCGGAGAGAACCAGUUCGCGAGUGUGUCUUCAGCGAUGGUUUGUGGAGGAUUUUACUGCAACAGGAACUCUCUCUGCGCCCUCAAUGUCAUCUACGUGGUGAGCCACUCUCUUGGUUGCUGGUAAGAUUCGGGCGUCAUGGUUAAUAGAGAGGAAAUCUAUCAAACGUGUCCCAGUCUGUGAAUCUCGAAUUGUAACCUAAAGAGGCACGACUUUAUAAAGAUCUGGCACUUGGUGAGCGGGCUCUUUCCGGUAGCUCUUGUGAGGUUGCACCAGUCUGCAGUGGUCAGUACCUGCUGGUCUCAUGAGUUACAUCCCAGUGCGAAGGUUUGUUGAUGUGGCUGUGGAGCUGCACUUGCAGUCUGUGCCUAUACUAUUUAAAAAACUUGAUGAGUCAUCUUUUGUUAUGGGCCAGGUUUCUAGUGACACUCCCUCACAAAUACAAAACAUUGUUUUACUGAAUGGUGACUCCGUCAAUACACUGCUCGCAGAGGUUGCUGCAGGCAACCGUCUACACGUCUUGUGUCCUCAUGUUUCUCCUCAGGUGGUCAGUCUCCUUCUGAUCGGCGUGGCGGCGGGGGGGAAAUGGUUCGGUCUGGUGUCCAGCUUCAGAGUGGUGGCCGGGGUCAUCGGCGUUGGCAUCUACCUGUUCGUGGUGGCGUUUGUGGGUCUGUGUGGUGCCCUGAAGCACCACCAGGUCAUGCUGUUCUUCUACAUGAUGAUCCUGUUUACAGUGUUCAUUGUCCAGUUCUCCGUGUCCUGCGCGUGUCUGGCUGUCAAUGAAGACCAACAGAACCACCUCCUUGAAAUCGGCUGGAACAAAUCUGCAACCACCCAGCUAGAUGUGGAGAAGACCCUCAACUGUUGCGGCUACUCCCACGUCAACUUGAACGGCUCGUGUGCCGCGAGGUGCUUCCUCAGCCAACCCUCAUCGUGCAUAACCUGCGGCAGCAUCAUCCAGAUGUAUGCGGGGCAGGUGCUGCGCUUCGUCGGAGGGUUCGGCCUCUUCUUCAGUUUCACAGAGAUUCUGGGAAUCUGGCUGGCACAAAGAUACAGAAAUUCCAAAGAUCCUCGAUCCAUCCCAGGACCUGUAUGAUCAAUAAAAUAUUCGCACUGACACACUUAAAUGUUUUAACAUCCAGGCUGGAGAGUUCAGAACAAUCUUACC